AUGUCCAUGAACUCCGCCUUGCGCACCAAUGGUGCCCGUGUCUCUCCCAGCAGAGGGCACCACCAAUUGUCCAGAAUAACUGGGACCGCGUGGGCGCCUGGGAAGAGCGGAAGCGGCACCACGAACAGGAGCGAGGUCAGUUGCGCUCCCGUGGGCACUCGACGAAGCAGCGCUGGCCGGCAGCGCGUCGCGGCGUUCACGUCUUCCAGGAGCCAAGCUACCAUGUGCUGGUCCACCAGCGGCUCCCAUACCCUCUUGUCGCCUUUCUCCAAGAGCGUAGCCACCCUGCGAGUGGACUCGAUGUCCCUGGGGGUCGGCUGGGACGGCGUGAGAAGGGUGGACCACUGA